AAGUGAAAGCAGCUCCCAUCACAAAGCACAAAAAACCACGAAAUGAGUCCCAGCAUCACAACCGAGGCCAGCCUGCCUCUCCCUAACCGGUCCACCGUGGCUCAGAGAAAACAAGCCAACGAACUGAGAAAGACGUUGAAACCCUUACUGGAGAAGAAAAGACGCGCUCGUAUCAAUGACAGUCUCAGUCAUUUGAAGAGUCUGAUUCUGCCUCUUGUUGGCAAAGACAACGCACGCUAUUCCAAGCUAGAGAAAGCUGACAUUCUGGAAAUGACAGUCCGGUUUCUCAGAGACCUUCCUGCCUCUCCAGUCAAAGACUCUACAGACAGUUACAGAGAAGGCUACAAAGCCUGCCUCCAGCGCGUCUCCACUCUGCUUCCCAAAACGAGCCUGGAUCAAGACGCGUGCCAGCGCGUCAGCGACUUCGUUCAGCAGUCUAUGUCUGCCACAGUCACCCCGACCUGUCUGAACUGUUGCGCUCAGAGCUCCAGAACUUUCCCACAGAUCCAACAGAGACUCCUGAGCCUCAAAUCCAGCUUCAGCCCCAGACUGGAGAACCAGUCCAGCAACAGCAGCAACAGCAACAGCAGCAGCAGCAGCAGCGGCGGUGCAGUGGCUCCCAGCAGAGCACAGCCAGGCCCACAGCCUGUCAACGCUGCCAUGUGGAGACCUUGGUAGAUUAGAUGCACAGAUAGAAUUGUUGUGAUGUAUUUUCGUAAACUUGUAUUGUAUUAGCCUAACUAUAUAGUAGUCUUGAUUGUGUCGUAUGAGGUGAUUAAUUGUUGGAGUUGAAGUUUGAUAAUUGAAUUCAACAUUUGGCUCAUUUUGCGUUAAAGGGCACACGAGCACGGAUCUUAAAGAAAAUGUAAAGUCUAUGAACUUUCCGAAUCGCAAUCCUCUUUGGGGUGUCAAAGAUAUGGGUUGUAGGCAACACUUUUGUAAAACCCCAAGGGUUAUUUUAUUUGAGGUUUGCACGCUGGACUUAAAGUAUUUUGGUCUGUGCAACAUAAUAGUCUGUAAACACUGUGUGUUAUAUAGGAAUCAUGAAUGGCAUGUAAGGACAAGCAAACGUGUUUUGUGACUCAAACACUGAUCAUUGAAAAUAAAAUGUAAAUAAUGUACGCUCA